AUGAAGAUAAAAGAAUUUGUGGAUCUUCAGGUGGCUGAACUUAAGUCAGAAAUGGCAAAAGAAGUUGAGAAAAUGGAGAAAAACGAUACUUUGUUACAUGGUAAGGUUGAUGUUGUUGUUGAUGUCAUCGCGAAGUUGGUUGAAUUCAAUACUUCUUAUUCAACCACGAUUGAAGUGAAAUCGGAUCAGGAUUGUAAGCGAGCACCCAUCCUUGAGUUGGUCCUUUGCUUACCAAUAAAUGCUCCUCGUGCUAUGCAAGUGAUUGGAAAAGUGAUUUCGACUAAGAUACACACUUCACUUCCUAUUUCACUAACCACAACUUCAACAACAACCACAUUAAGACAAUCACAAAAGGAAUUGUUUAUAAAUGAAAAAUCUGGAGGUUCAAGUUCGAGUUCUAUGCUACCACCUUCGAAAGACGAUCAAGGGGAUAAAGGAAAAGGUAUUAUGGUGACUCCUUCUGAAGAAGAAAGGAAAAAGCAAUAG